AUGAGGCUUGGAAAUGCGCUUUUGCAUGUUUCAGGUUGUCUAAGGCGCCUGCCGCGAGCUUCCUCCCCGUUUAGAAGAAGCCUUGUACGUUUUCAAUCGUCGUCGUCGUCUUCUUCAUCUAGCACUGCAGUGUUACUACAAAAAAACCUAGCUCAGAGAAAUAACUCACUUUUCAACUAUGGGAAUGAUACUUUGCGUUGCACGAUCUUGGACUCUCAAGGAAACGUCGGUAUCCCAUCAUUAGAGGUUAAACGCGAAGAUCUGAUAUCCAUGCAUGGUCUUCUGCCUCGCGACCUGCGAAAGAUUGAAAAAUCUCGGAAAAAGGAUCUGGUUCCUAUCCUCCUCGUGCGUGAAAACAGUAUCUUCAUCAGUUUGCUGACGAUUCGAGCACUGGUGAAGAGCGACCAAGUUAUACUUUUUGAUUCUGUGGGACUUUCCCUGGAAUCAAGUGCUCAUCGGACUUUUCUCAACGAUCUGACUAUGCGACUACGAAAUCAGGACGUCAACGGCAUAUACAAAGACCCGCUACCUUACGAAUUUCGUGCUCUUGAAUCCAUCUUCGUCUCGGCGCUCUCCAACAUGUCUGCAGAGAUGAAGGUACAUUUGACUUUAACGCGAGGUAUCUUGCAAGAUCUCGAAUACAGCAUCACACGGGACAAAUUGCGAUUUCUGCUGAUCCAAAACAAGCGACUAAGUCAGUUUCAUAAGAAAGCAUCGCUUAUGGGCGAAAUGAUAGACGAUUUACUCGAUCAAGACGACGUAUUGUCCGAUAUGUACUUGUCCAGCAAGCAGGUCGGAAAAUACCGCGAUGAAAAGGACCAUACAGAGAUCGAAAUGCUUUUGGAGACAUACUACGCUCACGUAGACGAAGUCGUACAGACCGUGGGAAACACCAUUUCUGACGUGCGGACCACAGAAGAGAUCAUUAACAUUAUUCUGGACGCCAACCGUAAUCAGCUCAUGCUUCUCGGUCUACGGUUCAGCAUAGGACUGCUAUCGAUGGGCUGCGCGCUCUACGUUGCAUCCCUGUACGGAAUGAAUGUGGAGAACUACAUUGAGGAAACCGAUUACGGUUUUUUUGUCGUUACGGCGGUUGGAGUUAUAUCGAUGGGCUUGAUUUUUGGUUACAGUGUAAGACAACUGCAUAAGCUUCAGAAAAUGACCCUCACUGGCAGCAGCAAGCACCACGUAUAA